CGCGUCGCCGACCGUUUACGAUCUGCCAGCCACCCAAUUUCCUGCUCAUCCUCCAUCCGGCAAGUAGUAAUCUCCGCGGAGUGCAGUGAUCCUACGGAGCUUUCUGGUUGGUACUCUACGUCGGCUCCUACAACUCGUGCGUUGACUGACAGGGUUCCGAUUCUCUCGUGGACGUAUGUACGCGGUUGGGUGCAGAAGGCGUGCGCCAUGUCCAACGGCGACCACCUCCUUGGUAUAUAGGAGGCCAUGCCCGCGUCGAUAACACAUCCCUAGACGCGUCUUGUUCCUAUCCGUCUCUUCUACUGUCUUUCCAACUGUCUCUACUGCUGUUGCGCCGUCAUCUCACCUCGAGUCACUCGUUUCUACACACUCUCUUGCUUCAUCUCUCUUUCAGGAACACAAUGUCCAAAGCUCUUCUCAUCGCCGGCCUGCUGGGCCUCGCUGCCGCUACUCCCUCCCCAUGGAAGCAGCCCAAGCAGAAGCAGUGCCCCUAUCUCAAAGCCAUCCCCGUCAACGCUACCUUCGACGAUCUGACCGCGCUUCCAAUCACCGUGCCCUUGAUUGAAAACGAGAUCGGCAAUUACGACUACCUCUUCUGGUCCAGCUUCUACGCCGCCAGCUCCGAAGUUGCAGACACCUCCAUCAGCACCACCGGUCUGAUCGGCCUCAUCCCCCAGAGCCCGCCGAAUGUCGCUGCCUCGGAGGGCGCCACCACGAAUGUUUUCGACACCCCCACCCUCUACUCCAACUACACCGGAAGCAAGACCGUCUACUUUGACCUGAAGAGCUUCUACUUUGGCUGUACCGCGGUGUACGUACCGAGCUCGGGAGAGAUCACCCCUGCUCUGCUAAUAAAUCCGCUGACUACAACAGCACCGAUGGCGAAGUCGACUCGCCUGAAGACUGCGACGUCACGGUCCAAGGCUACUCGGGUGUCGAUCUCGUCGCAACGCAGACCUUCUACUUCGGAGGCGACCAAACUGGCAGCGGCAUCUUCACCGCCAACAUGGUUCUUGCAACACUCAAUGGCAACUUCACCAAGCUGACCGAGGUGGCAUUCAAUUACAUUAACACCAACGGGGGAGACCCGCCGCCCGCUUUCGCCGUUGACAAUGUCAUCUACGAUGUUUAUGUCAAUGCUACGAAGCCGUGCCCUCAGCAUCACCAUUGGCAUGAGGAGCCGCACCACCACCACUGGAACUCGUAGAGGGUAGAAUACGAGGGGAGCCGCGAGGGCUGGUGAUGGCCAUCUUCCUUUAUGGAGUACAUGUUGCGCAAAGAUACGACUGGGUCAGGGCUUUGGACUUUAUUGCUGUAAUACCAA